AUGGGACAAAAUCAAAGCACGGCGGAUGAAGAGGUUGAACUGGCAGAGAUACAGGGUCUUUAUACAGCUUUCAUGAAUAAAUGCCCGAGUGGAGCUCUACACCUGCAUGAAUUCAGGAGUCUUUUUGGAGUUCCAAGUUCGUCAGUGGAGGAGAGUUUAUACAUGGAAUUGAUAUUCCGGUCUUUUGAUACAAACAGGGAUAAUGUGAUCGAUUUUAUGGAGUUUGUGGCAGCAGUUCACCUUGUGCUACGGGGGAAACUCGAGGAUAGAUUAAAGUGGUCUUUUAAAGUCUAUGACAGGGAUGGCAAUGGCAAACUGGACCGACAAGAGGUCAAGCACAUCGUCAAGGUACAGAGCAAAAAAAGUUGUAAAUGUCAUUGGGAGUGUUAGUCUACUAACAACACUGGUAUGACACCAAACGAAGUUUGCGACAAACUCUUUGAACUUGUGGAUGAAAACCAAGAUGGUCAGAUCUCUCUGUCAGAGUUCAUGGAGGGAGCUCAGAGAAAUGAGUGGAUCAUGAAUAUCCUCAAACUGGACGUGAAUGCCAGUGGAUGGUUCAAAGAACACUGGAGAAGGACAUUAUGAGGUUCCCUGUGCC